UGUCACACACAGAUGUGACUCUUUACCCCUACACAACACCGUGACGGCUAAAAUCCAGCCUAAAAAUCACUCAGAUUACACUCCAGAGGAAGAGCUACUCGAUACGACAGACGAAAAUCAAAUCUGUAAGCAUCUCGUCUAAUUCCGAAUGCGCCGAACUUCCAGAAAUCAACUGAAUCUUCUGUUUCCCAGUCAGCAGCGAUUGAAUGCCUUCAGCAGACUAAGCACUUAAACGCGACCGAGGAGGAACACCAGAGAGCGAGAGAGACGGUCUAUUUUUUCCCCCCAGACAAGCGCAGAGGUUUACUGGGAUAACUUAUUACUGUUCCUGGAGAGGAGAGCCAAUAACAGUCAGCGAUUUCCUUCUGCAAUUUGUGUUCCAGGUUUUGGAAAGGGGACAAUAGUGUGUUCUAAUACUGAGAACUGCGGUGCUUCACGAGGAACGUCGUCUUGCGCGCAGCAGCAGGCGAGAAUUCCGUGCAGAACCGGGUGUAAAAGAAGACGCGUUGCUUCCUUCUUUUAAAGUCAUAAAACAAUUAAUACGGCUGCAUCUCAGCAGCACUACCCAGGAGGACACCUUCAGACUUCUCGAUUUCCUCAGAGACUGAAAGUGGGGAGAAAAGAAAUUCCCCACUUGAGGGCGAAAUCAUACUUUUCAGGACGUCAAGUUUAAAAGCUACAGGACCUGGGCUCUUCCAGAGACAACAUGCAGAAAUGUCAGAAGAGGCAGAAGUGGAUGUGAGAGACAGAGACACGCCGAGAGACAGAGAGCGAGAGAGGGCAAGAGACUCCACGUUAAGAGACACGGGCAGUGGUAACUCCAUGCAGUUCGGCACCAGAUCUGCUAGUGCUGAGCCUGGCUACAUGGGGACAUGGCAGAACAGUGACAGCAACCUCCUUUUCAGAAUGUCCCAACAGGGUGCUGUCGCUCUGCUUCCUUUGAAGUGUGACAGGUCGACAAUGGCCAGAGACCUGGACGAGGCCAUACGCUGCACUCUGGUGAACUGCACAUGCGAAUGUUUCCAGCCUGGCAAGAUUAACCUGAGGACCUGUGACCAGUGCAAGCAUGGCUGGGUGGCGCAUGCGCUGGACAAGCUCAGCACCCAGCACCUGUACCACCCCACGCAGGUGGAGAUCGUGCAGUCCAACGUGGUCUUCGACAUCAGCAGCCUGAUGCUGUACGGAACGCAGGCGGUGCCGGUGCGUCUCAAGAUCCUGCUGGACCGGCUCUUCAGCGUGCUCAAGCAGGAGGAGGUACUGCAUAUCCUGCACGGCCUGGGCUGGACACUGCGAGACUACGUCAGAGGAUACAUCCUCCAGGAUGCUGCAGGCAAGGUGCUGGACCGCUGGGCCAUCAUGUCCCGGGAAGAAGAGAUCAUUACCCUCCAGCAAUUCCUGCGGUUCGGGGAAACCAAAUCCAUAGUGGAGCUGAUGGCCAUUCAGGAGAAAGAGGGCCAGGCAGUGACAGUGCCAACGUCGAAGACCGAAUCUGACAUCAGGACUUUUAUUGAGAGUAACAACCGCACCCGUAGCCCCAGCCUUCUAUCACACUUAGAGAACAGUAACCCAUCCAGUAUCCAUCACUUUGAGAACAUCCCCAAUAGCCUCGCCUUCUUGCUCCCUUUCCAGUACAUCAACCCUGUGUCAGCUCCCUUAUUAGGGCUGCCUCCUAAUGGGCUCAUGUUGGAGCAGCCAGGGCUCAGGUUGCGGGAACCCAACCUGCCGGCCCAAACUGAUCCCAAUGAAAGCAGCGAGUCGGAGGUGUCGCUUUCACCCUUCCGCAAUGGGCAGAGCCCUAGCCGGGGGGCUCUGAGCAGCAUCACAAAUGUGGUUGAACCCAAGUCAGAGCCGAACAGCAUGUCCCCCAUCUCCCCGCCACCAACCUCCCAACAGCAGCAGCAACAGCAAACGCAGCAGCAGCAACAGCAUCAGACGCAGCAGCAACAGCAGCAGUCGGCCACAUUGAAUGACCACCAUCCCCACCAUCAUCCCCAUUAUGUGAAGACGGAGCAGUCCAAGAGCAUCACCUCCUCCUCCUUCUCAUCCAAGAUGCACCGCAUGCGGCGCAUGGGCUCCACCUCCCGUAAGGGCCGGGUAUGCUGCAAUGCCUGCGGGAAGACCUUCUAUGACAAGGGCACGCUCAAGAUCCACUACAACGCUGUGCACCUGAAGAUCAAGCAUCGUUGCACCAUUGAGGGCUGCAACAUGGUCUUCAGCUCCCUGCGCAGCCGCAACCGCCACAGUGCCAACCCCAAUCCACGGCUGCACAUGCCUAUGCUGAGGAAUAACCGUGACAAGGACCUUAUCCGCUCCAGCUCUGGCUCUGCCACACCUGUCAUCUCCAGUGCUAAGAGUGGGUUAACCCUCACCAGCCCUGGGCGGCCACCUUUAGGUUUUGCCACGCCUCCACUGGACCCUGUAUUGCAGUCUCCUCUCCAGAGUCCUCUUGUCUUCCCUUCUCUGAAGACUGUGCAACCAGUGCCACCAUUCUACCGCAGCUUGUUGUCCCCAGGAGAUCUGGUCAGUCCACCUGUCUCUCUGCCCACAAGCCCUAUCAUACCCACUACAACCAACACUACCACCUUGAUGGAACAACAGCAGCAAGUGUCAGUUCCUAACACUCACACUCCCCACAUUUCUGAGUCAUCACCCAUAGUUCACGGUCUGCCUAUCCAUAGCACCCAGGACCCCACUACUGACCCCACUCCUAAGAAGAAACCCCGGAAGUCGAGUAUGCCGGUAAAGAUUGAGAAAGAGGUCAUUGACGUAGCAGAAGAGUUUGAUGAGAAGGAAGAAGAGGAGGAAGGGGGCCGGCCUCUAGAUGGUACAGUAAACAACCAAGGAUGUCAUCACCACCAAAACCAGCCCCACCACCAUUCCAACAGUAACGGAAACAGUAACAACAAUCACUGCAGUGGCGGAAGUGGCAGCAGUUGCCACCACUCUCCUUCCCAGGAUGAGAUGAGUCCAGGCCUGGCCCUGAAGAGUAUGCUUCGACAGGAGCAGGAGGAGUGCAGGGGGCCGCCAGGAGGCACUGAGUUACGCUGCAUGGACAGCUUCACCUCUGAGGACCAAGACCACGAGAGGGACUUUGAAAAUGAGUCCGAGACCUCUGAGACCAAGAUGUGCUGCGGGGAUGAAUCCGUGGAUGCUGAAGAGCCAGGCAGACGUCUGCGGAACAGUUUUGAGAAAGAGCGGGAUGAGGACGAAGAGGAACAUCACUUGCGGGAGAAACUGGAGAACAAGCAUCACACUUCACACUCCCCUCACCAGCCAGUUAUCAAGAUAAAAGAGGAGCUGACUGACCCCACGUACGACAUGUUCUGCAUGAGUCAGUACGGCCUCUAUAACGGGGGAGGGGGAGUGGCUGCGGCAGCAGCGGCGGCAGCGGCUGCUGCCAGUAUGGCCGCCUUGCACGAGAGCUUUGUCUCCUCCAUGGGCUACGGCGCCAGCCCCCCUAAGUUCUCUUCACCUUCCUUGGACGGCGACCUGUGUUCCAGCCCUGACCCCAAAAUUUGCUACGUGUGCAAGAAAAGCUUCAAGAGCUCCUACAGUGUCAAGCUGCAUUACAAGAACGUGCACCUUAAGGAGAUGCACGUGUGCACAGUGGCUGGCUGUAACGCUGCCUUCCCCUCUCGGAGGAGCCGAGACAGGCACAGUGCUAACAUCAACCUACACCGGAAACUCCUGACCAAAGAGCUGGACGACAUAGGCCUGGAGCCUCACCACGCGCCACUGCCUAAGGAACUGCGUGAUGAGUUUCUGGCCAAGAUAUAUGGGGGACACCCCCUGGGGCUGGAUGUCGGAGGAGGAGGGGGCGGCCGGGAUGAUACCAGCUCGCCAGCGGGCACGGAGUACUCCCAUACCAACGGGUACUGCCGGGUUCCUCCUGAUGAUUACAUGGUGCUGGACCUGAGCACCACCUCCAGUAUCCAGUCCAGCAGCAGCAUCCACUCCUCGCGGGAGUCCGACGAGGGCAGCGACGAGGGCAUCCUCUUGGAUGACAUCGAUGGCGCCAGCGAUGGGGAGGAGUGUUCCCAGAAGGCUGUGGGGCUCGGCCAGGCCAUGGUGGGGGGCAGCAGUGGCGGAGGGCUGGGGGAGGGAGUACUUAAUGAACUCUCCUCCUCCUUUUCUCCUGUGCUACACUCAGGCUCUGGGAGCAGCAACGGGGGCAUCCUGUGCAAUAUCUGCCACAAAAUGUACAGCAACAAAGGGACACUGCGGGUGCACUACAAGACCGUCCAUCUGCGCGAGAUGCACAAGUGCAAGGUGCCCGGCUGCAACAUGAUGUUCUCCUCUGUGCGGAGCCGUAACAGGCAUAGCCAGAACCCUAAUCUCCACAAAAAUGUGCCCUUUGUAACCAUGGUUGAUUAGCAAGCCCCUCCUUCCUUCCCUUCAGGCCCCACACACCACAUAUCUCCUUUCAGCGUACCCCAGUUCUGCAGCCCUGGACCAUAACUUUAGAGAAGACGCCAUCCACUUGCAAGGUUGGCUUCUUUUAAAACUGCCAUAUUCCAUUUUUUUCAUCUUUUCUUUUUAAAUAAUUAUAUAUAUAUAAAUAUAUAUUAAGUGAAACACAGAAACAAAAACAGCAAAGCACUUUAGCUUUGUUAAUUUUUCUUCUUCUUUGGAAGCAUGGAACAAGACUCUUCGGAGCAAAGUAACACUCUCUUCCCUUUCCCCACCCUGACCCCCCAAUCCAGACUGACUCUUUUUGCUUUUUGUCCAUCUCCAAAGAGACUAUUUCAACUCUGUUUGUGACUGUUGCCUGCAGAAAUGAUAAUAAUAAAAAAUACCUUCUUUGAUGUCUUUGUGUACUAAUAGCUUUUAAAAAGAACCUUCACCACAGCAUGAUAGCUUCAUUUGUAAAUAAUAUGUCCUGAGAGGCUUAUGAUGUAAAACAAUUGUAUUGAUGGUUGUUAGUUUUCUGUUUUAUUUUACAGUACUUCCAGCUAUUAGAUAGGCAAGGAAGAGGUAGCAUCUGGCUAGUUUGAUUCAUUUAUGUUAGCUUUAAUGCACAUUUUAAACUGAAAGAAAACCACACAAAACUUGUUUUAUCUACCUGCUAGAUAUAGAAGGUGCCGGCAUGCUUUUGGCUCCUCAACAGAUUUUUUUUUCGCUCUUUUUAAAAAAAAUGUUUUUUUUUUGUUCAUUUCUUCUCUAGUAUUAGGACAUAAAUCCAGCCAUGCACUUUGCAGUACUACGAGGGGAUGUGUAAUAUUAUCCAUGCCAUCUUUUUUAACCAUCAUCCUUCCAAUAAUGGAGAGACUAGAAAAAAAAAACAACAGAUAAUUGACAGUUUCAGUGGUGUUGUAGGUCGCUGACUGCUACAGUGCCAAGAAUUAAUUACUAUACCAUUGCAUAAAUGUGCCAGAUUUGCACGAAUGAUUUAGAUUCAAACUGUAGUGGAAUGCCGAGGUUUACCCAGAAUAUCCAGUCCAGUAUUCAUUAUUCCCAAACAUAUUUAGUGAGAUUACUCGUAGUUAAAGUUAAAUGUGUUUCUUUUCCAGUUUAACAAUAAUACUCUGCCUCCCAGAUGGAGGCAAAUGAAAAGUAUUAUGAAUUGUUUCUCUUUUGUUUACCUGUUUGUCUAUAAAGAAAAAAAGGACAAUUAACACACACGAGUGUAACGAAACAUAGCAUUCAUUAGCUCUGAAGCUGAGUAGAUGGGUUUUGUGAGGUUAACCAACAUGAGGUCCUGAUUUUCACCUUUUCUGAGAAAUGAAUGGCAAACUGAAGAAGUGUUCUGCAAAAGCAACAAAAAAACAACUGCAUUGUACAUUUUACUGUGACAGUAUGUUUUUCAUAUACUCCUUAUAGGGUAGCACUCUGGUCUUACUGAUUAUUUUACUGUUCUCAAGUCUUAAUCUUUUGCUGUGUUUUCCUGCUGGUCACAUUCAAUUUGAUUUUCAGAUCUGUUGCUUCACUACAAACUGUGCUCUGUAGAACAACAAAAAAUGAUGUUCCAUAUUAUUGAGCAACCUCUUAAAGGGAACAGAUCUUGCAAAUGAAAAUAGGAUUGAGUGAGAGAGCUUCUUUUUGCUUUUUUAGAGUUUGUAACCUUUGGCAGUAUUUAUUAUUUCAGGCAAAAAUAUUUUUCAGUGUAGCAGAGCAUUCAGUUCAAUAACUACAAAUUAAGCAGUGCUUUCAGAAGCAAUUGCAACAACAAAGCUUUGCUUUACAGCAAAUGAAUACUCUGUUCAUGCAGUGACCUUCAGAGCUUUUGGCUCUGGUAUGUAUCCAUACAGAAAUUUGUUAAAGUCAAGGGCAACUAUAAGACUUGCAAAAAUAUGUGUACAAAACAAGGGGCUUUCAGGAGAUUUCUGGUUACUACACGUACAGUAUGUGGAAAAAUUGUUUAUAGUGCCAUUUGUGUGUAACAAAAUAAGCUUUACGUUUCUUAGAUCACUAUUUAAAGACAGAAAAAUGGCCAAAGACAAUGUCACAGCCUAGUUCUUCUGUGACAUCCUGUCACACUGAUGUCAGUUUAUUUUUUUCCCCGUUAAAUGAGCACUGACGCAAUUAUCAAUUUAUGGUGGGAUGUAGAGAGAUGUCUACUAUGUUCAAGUUAGUCACUGAGGGAGCACUUUGCCCACUCUAUGUGGGUGAUGUGACACGGCUACAAUCCAAUAUAAAAUAACCAGAUAUCUAAAUCAAUGUAAAUCAGCUUUGUAAAUUCGAUCAUACUGCCGAUUACAACAAAAAAAACAACGCAAUUUCUUAGAAAGAUCAUAGAAUGUGCUUUUUGUUUCCGUCGCAGUCAUAUCUGUGGUUAAACAGAUUACAGCCUGUCUAUCUGUAUUUGCUCAAAGGCCAAGUGUAUCUCAUAUGACAUUGUUACAGACACCUUCUACUUUGGCAAGAUCUAAUUUGGAAGUUACUACAUUAAACAGCUCAGGCUAUGCUACACAGUAUCAGAUUAACAGAGAAUCAGGUUGAGUAAAGCAAAUUGCUCUUAAUAAUAAAGGCAUCUGUCUGUCAGAAAGGAAGAAGCCUAUAAACAAUCACACUCCAUUAGGCUGAACAUUUUUUAAAAUGAUAAUUGACAGGUUAGAGUAAUUCCUGAAUAAAGAUAAAGAAAUCUGUUGAUUUACAAGUGGGUAUAAAUCUGAAAAACACUCAAUUAGCUUUUUUUAUUUAUGAUGACCACAUUAUCUAUAUUUGGAGAAUGUUACCAUAUAAAGUCUAAUUAACAAAGACUCCACUUGCUAGCUAUAAAUCAAUUAAUAUGCAUGUUUUAUAUUUAAUUUAUAGUUUGUACUGAAAUAAAGUGCACACAAAUCUGAAAUCUGAAGAGUGAUGCUCUAAUUACACCCCAGGAAUUUUAAAUUGCAGUUACAUUUAUAAUGCAUUCAUAGGUGUAAAUACAUUGAAUGCACAUUUGUAGCUUUCUUAUUUUAACUGAAAUGUACUUUUGCCCAAGACAACACAUCUUGAGAACUAAAAAAAUAUAGUGUAUUUUUCUCAAAGGACAUUGUGAUUUAAGAAAUAUUCAUUUGAUUACAGUAUCUGGAAUAAAACUGAAAGCACCCUUGCCCUGUUUAUAAUUAACCCUAGUUAUAAUUAACUAGUACUAAUGUAAGUGACUAAGUAUUAGAAAAAUAAGAUUGUACAUACUUUAUCAUAGUAUCUUCUCAUGAAAUUCCAUGUUUAUGUUGUAAGGAAUGCAAAAUGUAAUCAUUCACAUUGAAUAUUUGUCUUAAAAGGAUGUAUGAUACCUACAUCUUGUGCUAAUAUACAGUGUCAGUGGAAAAGCCACAUUGUCCCAAACUUCUACCUCUACAGUAGAAGAAAAAUCAGUAGAACUGCUAGGUAGCAAAUCUGAACCUGAGCAACACAUUUUAAAAUUAAAAAAUUCUGAAUACCUGUGACGUUUCCCGUCACAUAAAAAUUAACCCAUCAGGGAUUUUGAUCUCCAUUUCCCUCUUUUUAGACUCUACUGAAUUUGUGUGCUUCACACUUAGUCCAGGCUCUCCUUCAUUGGUUCUGUAGCUUGCCAAACCCCCCCCUGCCCAAGGGAUUCUGACAAAAGAUUCUGCCAGUUAUCAAAUUAUCGCAUUCCACUGUACCAUCAGUUUUCAGCCUAGCAGGAAAAAUGGCACAUAAUAUACAGCCAUGAAAAGGAAAUGCAUUUAGAUUUUUUCAGGUUAAACAUGGAGUGAGUUUUGUAGUUCGCACACUAAUGUCCUUCGUUCUCAAAGUGCUGGUAGCAACCCAGACAACAUGUAAAUCGGUGAUACUAAAUCCUGAUCCUGGUGCUUUUGUUUCAGGAUCUAACUGAGCUCUCUGUUAUGUAAUUGAACCCUUAAUUGAACUAAUAAGUUGCUUAAUUACCUGUUGUUUCAUUGUCUACAGCUCUGAAAAACAAUUCGAAAGCUGAAAUUGUUAAUUGAGUUAAACGUUUAUUUAAAUAACUAAAAACCGGGAGACACAGAAGUCAUAAGGACCAGGACUCACAAAUGUGCAAAUUCAUAUCCUGGCAUGAGCAUUGGAAGUUCAGAAUAUUUUUUUACUCAUUGUUUCACCAGGCUUGCUUUAAAUAGGCAGUUCCCUCUAUGGGAAAAGGGUGGUACAAAUAAUACAGGUGAUUAAAAAUAAGACAUUCCUCAUCACUGUCCAUCGAGGGUCUGUACUUUUGCAGCUCUGCAUUAAAAAGCUUCUUUGUUAUUUUUCUUCCUGUUCUCUUAUAUUGCUGUUGUUUGGCAGGCGCUUUAAUAGAUGCUUCUGGUGCUUUCUUUCUCUUUUUUUUCCAAGAAAAAAAACUGAAUUAACACAAGAGGGUGAAGGUUGGGGGGGGGGAGGACUGGGACGUGGUGGUGGUAGGGGGGUGGUAGCAGAUGAAUUCCUGCAACAGGAAGUAUCAUUAAAAUUGCUGUUACACGGCACCUCGAGGCACCAGUUCAAUUUUACCACUGAUCUUUCUAAUAACUCACUUGUCACUUUAUUACCUUCAAAGAUGUGAAUGUUGCUGACAAGACUGUGACACUAACAGCAAGCACCCUCACCCCCCUCCCCCUUCUCCCCCCCCCACCUCCUUGCCUCACAGGCUGCACACUCUCUCUUUUGCUCUCUCCCUCCGCUUCUACUUACCAUGCGAGUCCUACAGGGACAGAGACUAAUAGUGUACACUUAAGUUCACUACACGGCCAUCAAGUAUAAAAGGAUGUGUAAUUGCCUGCUUAUCCCAGGUGAAGAGAAAAUUGAGUACAGAAACACAGUCUUUCCCCAGAGGCACGCUGAGGGCCUUGCUUUCUCGCAAUGCGGUAAGACUGCAAAGAGUCUUACUCUAUAGCCGAGAGAUACUUCUCUCUCUCUCUCUGUGAAAACCCUUACCAGACAUCCUGGCUGACCAUUGUCCUGACUGGACCAGGAAGACUAUGUAACCUUUGAGAAGAGGAGUAAAGGCCCUUCCGAGGCAAAAUCAGACAGGGAAAGCAAACAAGUGGCACCUUCUUGUUCACUGAGCUAUUUCAAAAGGAAUAAUGGGAUUGCAGGGUGUAUGGAAGGGAGGUCUAAAUGAUACAAGUGGAACCUGUCGGUGUGUAUUAUUUGACAGUGGUGUUUUUUUUUUCUUUUGUUUUUAAAUGACUAACUGAAGUUAAAAGGACUUCAGAGCUUUCGAAAGUCGUAGCACUACAUGGACGGGAAGGGUUGAGUGGAUUUUUUUGUUGUGUUUUUUUUUACUGGAAUAUUAAAAAUAAAUGUUUUGUUAUUUUCA